CUGGGAAUUAGGGUGUGUGUGUGUGCGAUGAUGAGUUUCAGUGAGCGGCAGCUUUAACCGAAAUGGAGCCGGCUCGGGUCUCUGGCAGGAGGAUGAGGAGCUGGCUGCCUGUCCUGCUCCUCGCCCACGUUUCCCAGCAUGCCUCAGGUGUGAAGACGGAAGUGUAUGAAGGGGAGGAGUUUGCCCUGCUGCCCUGUCAGGUACCAGUUAAUGUUUCCAGUAGUGCCACAGCAGUGGUCUGGGACCGUGAUGAGUUCAAGAUCCCAACAGUCCACAUGCGUCUGCAGAGCAGAGAUGAUCUCAAUGACCAAAACCAGCGUUACAAAGAUCGAACAUCAAUGAGAGCCGACGCUCUGCAGACUGGAGAGCUCAGCCUGACUCUGAGGAACCCUACAGUCACUGACAGUGGAACCUACACCUGCAUCCCCCGCAGGUUUGGACAAGAUCAGAGCCGGACUGAUGUAGAGCUGAAGGUGAAAGAACGUUCUCCAAGCUGGCCCUGGGUUAUCCUGCUUCCCCUGGUGCUCCUGUCGGCCUUGGGGGUCUUCAUGUUUUAUAAAUAUAAAUGGAUGAAGCACUCAGCAGACUGCCAGGAGUUGAUGGUGGAUGCCUCACAGGGAGAUAAGGCUGUCCUGCUGCCCUUUAAAACAACAGAAGAUUUUCCUCACGAUGUCACGGUGGAGUGGAAACUCACUGAACCCAAACACAUGAGGGUGCACGUGUAUCAGAACAGCCAAAGCCAGCCAGAGCGGGACCAGGUUUACGAGGGCCGCACAAAAAUGAAUGAAGAGCCACUGAGAAAUAAAGACCUCAGUCUGAAACUAAAGGACCCCCGCCUUACUGACAGUGGAGUCUACACCUGCACCAUCACGAGCAAAAAUGGAAAUAUCCUGCUUCGGAAAGUGGUGUCCCUCACUGUCAGAGAGAGCCAGAUGGAAAUGGUGGAGGUGAAAAAAUGGGAAGAGUCUGUCCUGUUGCCCUUUAAAACCAGAGCUGACCUUCCUCAGGAUGUCACAGUGGAGUGGAAACGCUCAGACUUGAAGCCAACAAACGUCUUCAGGUAUCAGAGUAACCGACACCUUGUAGAUGAACAGGACCAGGUAUACAGAGGUCGCACAGAGAUGAAUGAAGAGCCGCUGAAAACUGGAGACCUCAGUCUGAAACUGAAACAGCCCCGCAUCACUGACAGUGGCAUCUACACCUGUACUGUCUACAAGAAUGAAGCAGAAAUCCUGAAAAAGAAAGUGGUGGUGCUCAGUGUUAAAGUCUACCAGUUCCAAAUGAUAGAGGUGACACAGGGAGAGAAGCAUGUGCUGCUGCCAUUUAUAACCACAGCUGACCUGCUGGAGGACGUCACAGUGGAGUGGAAACGCUCUGACGUUAAACACAUGAAGAUCCACGUGUAUCCAAACAGCCAAAAUAUGCCAGAUGAACAGGACCAGAAUUAUCAAGGUCGCACUGAGAUGAAUGAAGAGCCACUGAGAACUGGAGACCUCAGUCUGAAACUGACUGACCCUCGCAUUACUGACAGUGGCGUCUACACCUGCACUGCUUAUAACAAGGAUGGAGACAUCCUAAGACAGAAAGUAGUGAUACUCAGUGUCAGAGUUUAUCAGGUGGAGAUGGUGAAAGUAACACAAGGAAACACGUCUGUGCUGCUGCCCUUUAAAACCACUGCUGACUUUCCCAACGAUGUCACGGUGGAGUGGAGAUGUGCUGAUUGCAAAGUCCUAGUUUACACGUAUCAGAACAUCCAAAACCAGCUAGAAGAACAGGGCCAGGAUUACAGAGGUCGCACUGACAUGAGUGAAGAGCCACUGAGAACCGGAGACCUCAGUCUGACCCUGAAAAAACCCAGACUUACUGACAGUGGUGUCUACACCUGCACCAUCUACAAUAAAGAUGGAGACAUCGUAAGACAGAAAGUAGUGCCACUCAGUGUCAGAGUUUACCGGGAGGUGGAGUUGGUGGAAGUAACAAAGGGGAAAAAGUCUGUCCUGCUGCCCUUUAAAACCACUGCUGACCUGCCCGUGGAUGUCACAGUUGAGUGGAGACGUGCUGAUACCAAAGACAUAGUCCACAUGUAUCAGAACGGCCAAAACCAGCUAGAAGAACAGGGCCAGGAUUACAGAGGUCGCACUGAGAUGAGUGAAGAGCCACUGAGAACUGGAGACCUCAGUCUGACCCUGAAAAAACCCCAACAUAACCACAGUGGUUUCUACACCUGCACCGUCUUCAAGGGUGAAGACAUUCUGAGACAGAAACGACUGACACUCACUGUCAGAGAAAGGCACAGUGCAAGCUUCGCAGGGCAUCUUCAAGUCUUCAGAAAGAAGAGAACCAUCACUAAUGGACUCCCCCCUCCUGAGAACAAUGAAGCUGAUCGUCUGAUGGAACAAUCAGUUUGAUGGUUUUUGGUUCCUUGUGAAGUACUGAUGGAUCUCUGUGAUGUUCUAGAACCAUUUGUUCCUGUCCACUGUAGAAAUGCUGGUGCUGCUCAGUGUUUGGGAACAUCAUGGACCACAAGAAUGUGGACAAACCCUCAUGUCUUUAUCCACACACAAUCCUUUCUCCAGAGCUAUUAAGCUGUGAAUAUCCUCAGUAUGCCUUUAUAAAACUCUUUGAAGUUGUAUGCAGGGGGCCAUUUGCUGGGAACCCCCCCCCCCCACACACACACACACACACACACUCCCCCUGCCCAUCUAUAUGUCCUUGCCUCUGUUAUUAUUUUUAUCCCUAGCAAUGAUAAAAAAGUGUCCCCUCUGUGAGGUGUUGACAGGGUCUACAACACAGAAUAAAAUCAGACACUGACUGUGGAGUGCUCACAGUCCCGUCACAGUAGAGAUGACACUGCAUGUGGGACGGUCCCGAUCCCAUCCCAGCUUUUCACUAAACCACCAAACACUACUGUUUCACUGUGAAAUAAUGCUAAGUAAAAGAUAAAUGAAACACACCCAGAGCAUCAAACCUUUUCUUCCUUUUGUACAGUUGAUUUUGUUUGAUUGCAUUUGCAAAGGAAAACAUGACACUGAUAAUGUCGUGCAUGUUAAUUAAAAUAAUUUUAUCAUA